GCAUCCUGAAGGAGCAUCGGGCAGAGAGCAGAUGCAUCUGGAAGGGAUGAGCUCCCACGUGGCUGUUGCCAAUGCGGGGCGUCCUGCUGCGGUGAAGCGGGCCAAGAUCCAAUUCUGGGAGGAUGGCCCCGCGACACAGCGUGACUACAAAAUGCCAGAGGUCACCGCCAAAGAGCGAGUUGCCGUCUGGGAUGCGGUGGCCGUCUACGUCCAGGAGCAGCUCCUGCUACGCAAGGGGGUCCGAAUUCCCACCUUCGGUUCCUUCAGCAUCGUCUCCGAACGGAUUGAGGCUGAGGAUGGAGCCAUGACUCUGCAGUGGCCUGCGUUUUGCCUGGCCAGGAACCUUGCGGGCAUCCACAACCUGAUGGAGAGCUACCCACCAGGCCAUAAGGAGGUGCAGCCCCUCAAGUACACUGAGGUGGCCGCGGCCGCAUCUGUGACCUGGCAGACUGGGAAGGCCUGCAUAUUUGGCACCACGUCCCUCGUUUCCCACUGCCUGAGGAAGGGGGAGAACAUUGCCUUUGUCCUGAAGGACAUAGGAGUGCUCCUCAUCGAGGGAACGAGAGUUCAGAUGAAGUUCUACUACGACUUCCUCGAGAGGAUCAGCGGGAAAGAGAACCUAGAGAAAGUUGUUUUCAAGGUGCCCCGGCUGCGGGACAUGGUGGUGUCCCGGGUGGCAGCUGUAGCCUCCCUGACGUCCUGUGGCCGAGUCAUCGUCUUUCCCAGGUUUCGACGGGAGUUUGUACCCAAACCACCACCCAGGACAGCCCGCAAGGCCUGCCAUGUCCCAUUGCCACCUCUUGACCAGGGCCAAGAAAGGUAAAGCAGCUGCCAGCUCCUCUCCAUCCUACACUCAUCCAAUGUGCGAUGGGAAAAUCCUCAGCCCACGAUCAUCCAAAGGCUCUGACUUGUGAAACCAUUCACGGCAGCUCGGCACUGCCUCUCCUCCUGACCACACGUUGUCCUCAUGAAGUCUAAGACGCUGGGUGCGAUGUUCCCACAGUGCCCCCAUCCCUGGCUAUGGCAAGAGCCGGGGGGGUCCUAGGCCCAGUCCUCCUCCCAGGAAACGAGCUCCCAAAAGAGACUGCCACCUCACUCGCACCACCCAGCUCCUCUUUCCCAAAGCAAAUGCCACUCAGGCAGCCCCAAAACAGAGCUGCGCCCCGGAGAGGAGGAGCUGGGCACGAGACACAGAGGGCCCGCGGUCUCUGGGGAUCGCAUCUGCGAGGGGAGCAGAGCGGCCCUCUCGGGUGCUUUGGGACAGGCCUGCGUGUCACCGGGCCAGCAGGUUCACAGUCAUCCCCCUCUGACGAGAUCUCUCCUUCCCAAUUCCAGAGGAACUUCCUGAAUUGCCACCCCUCCCCAGCUGGAUCCGCGUUACCUUUCUAGUGAAAAAACAGCCUGAGAAGGAAACAAGCGAUGUCAAGAAGAAGGCCAGUCAGCUGCCAGCGGUCCCGGGGGCGUCUUCUGCCAAAAAGCAGCCUCAGAAAAAAAAGAAGGGAAAAUGCUCUACCAAAAGCAAGGCGGCAGAGAUGGCUCCAGCAGAGGCAGCGCAACCUCCAAGUGGCAAAGAAGAAGAACACGGCGCGGUGAAAGCCCCCGCUGGAGGAGGAGUGCCGCAAAAGGCACAGGCCAAGCUCAGAAAGCACCGUGGAGCCCCAGCCCUGCAACAAACACCACUGGCAGCCCUAUGGUCCUCGAGCUCUGAGACCAGCCUGCCCGAGGAGCGCACCUACAGCGCCUCUGCUGCGGUGCCACUGAUGCACAGGAGGACCAGAUCUCUGCAGAGUCAGCCACCAAAGACCAAAGCGGGGCUCCCCAGGCGGGGGAUGUCCUGUCCACGCUGACCAGGGCAUGGGGUGCCCAGGAGAAGCAGAGCUCCACCUGAGGCUGCCAAACAGGUGUGCGAUUCCUCUCUGUGCCAUUCCUGGGGGCCUGUCUGCACCCUUCUUUGGUUUUGGCUCCAAGUUUGCUUUCGGAGGCACUUCUUGCCAUAAGACUCUGACUUGGCUAGGAGAUGACAGGUGGGUGUGGCAAUCAGCAUCACUUGGUGGACAAUUUUACAUUUGAAAGCAUUUCUUUGCAGCUGUUUGCCUUUGGAAAAGAGUGCUGAGGAGUGUUUACUUGAGGAAGGUGUGGGCUGUGACCAAAAACUCCAGCUUGGUAUAGGAGAACUGAGGGAACAACGCCAUCGUAUCCUGCGAAAAAACAGGAUGCAGGUGGGCACCUCCCUGCUCCCUCCUAUCUGCUGGCAAGGCGCGGGAGAUGGGGACAAAGGAGUUUCUGCUGAGAUCCCAAAGCCACAAGCCGCCACUCCAAAGAGAGCUGACCGUUGUCGUCAACUGAACAACGACCCCUGAUGACCCAUCACUACUGUAGAUCGACGUCUGAGCUACGAACCACGCUGGACCUGUGGUGGUGACUGUCUCUCUCUUGCUUCCUACAAAGACGGCUUGCUUUUAUUUGCUAUCUUUUCUAUCGCCCGUCUUCCCUUCCCCAUCUCCUUAAACAACUUGGGUUUGUAAUAAAGCGGACGGGCUAACAUUUAA